AUGGCAGAAGAGUUGGCAAAGUCUCUAGGAGCAAUUGCAUCGAUUUUGGAGAAUCUACAGAGGAAGGUGGAUGACAAUGGAACGCAAUCUUCAGCUCUUGUUAUAAAAAAAACUCCUAUUUCUUUGGCCUUGCCCAGUUUUGAUCCGGACAGCACCGACAGCCACAAUGAGUACCAUGCGAUGUUACAGUGGCAGUGGGUUGGAACGAUAGGACAUUACGAUUAUAGGAUACCAACAAAUAGUAAAACUGAGAAGAACUUAAAAAAAUCAAAAGAGCGACUUACAUCCAAGCUUCGGUGCAGUCAUCUCAGGCAUAGGAACGCCGAUGGGUAUCUGCAAAGGCGUAAUAUCAAAAGCUGUCAUGUCAUCUUCGCCACCUCCUUCGUCAUCAUAGUUGAUGAUGUUCUCUCUGACGUCAUCAUCCGGUCCAGGGUACUUGAUGUGAGCCUCUCGCCUGCGGUUGUACACCACAAAGACCAGAACCAGGACUAUAAAAUUGAUUAUACCCGUCAGAUAAAAAUCUGACUUGUAACUGACUCUUAAGUUCCGAACUCCUGUGAAUGUGUCCAGCCUCGCUUUACUUUAGGCAACGAUACAUAUUCUGACCGAACGUUGAUAAGGAAAAAAGACUACCAACAUACUUGUAGGUGCAUCUAGGUUAUUU